UCCAAUCGUCUACUCAUACAUUUCGUUGUUUCAAGUCAGGCAUAUUAUCCUUCCCUCCCUUCCUCCAUUCGAUAUUAUAAAUUCCAGAACCUUGUUCUGCAGCGAUGGCGUCGGAUCUCGCGGCCAAGGCAAAGGAAGCAUUCAUUGACGACCACUUUGAACUCGCCGUUGACUUGUAUUCACAGGCAAUCUCUUUCGAGCCUAACAACCCCGAGUUGUACUCUGACCGUGCUCAGGCUAAUAUCAAACUCCAUAACUUCACCGAAGCCGUUGCUGAUGCAAACAAAGCAAUUGAACUGGACUCCUCAAAUCCCAAGGCAUAUCUUCGCAAAGGGUCGGCUUGUUUCAGUCUUGAAGAAUACCAGACUGCCAAAACAGCAUUUGAAGCUGGUUCUGCAUUAGCUCCAGAAGAUUCAAGAUUCGCAGAUUGGAUGAACAAGUGUGACAAGUGCAUUGCAGAGGAAAAUGGUGAGUCACCAACACAGUCACCGGAUGCAACCCUUACUAAUGGCGUGGCUUAUAAUGCCCAACAACCAGAAAACAUUGAUGCAACUACUAAAGAUGCCGAGCAUGUAAAGAAUAGUGAGAUGAUCAUAACACCAGCCAAACCCAAAUACAGGUCUGAACAUAAGCCAGAUGAGGUUGUCGUGACCAUAUUUGCCAAGGGGAUACCGACUAACAGCGUGUCUAUCAAUUAUGGGGAGCAAAUACUAAGUGUAAGUAUUCAUGUGCCUGGGGAAGAUUCAUACAUUUUUCAGCCUCGCUUGUUUGGAAAGAUAGUCCCCACUAAGUGCAGAUAUGAUGUUCUCUCGACCAAAAUUGAAGUCCGGCUUACAAAAGUUGAAUCUAUCCAUUGGACAUCUCUCGAAUACGUUAACAACAGUUUGGUUGCUCAGCUGAUCAAUGUCUCCACAGGUAAUCAAAGGCCAACAUAUCCUUCAUCCAGACCAACCAAGGACUGGGAUAAGCUUGAAGCUCAAGUGAAAAAGGAGGAGAAAGAUGAAAAACUAGAUGGUGAUGCAGCUCUUAACAAGUUUUUCCGUGAUAUAUAUAAAGAUGCAGAUGAGGAUACAAGAAGGGCCAUGAGAAAAUCUUUUGUUGAGUCGAGUGGGACAGUGCUGUCAACAAACUGGAAAGAAGUGGGAUCUAAAGUGGUGGAAGGAACCCCCCCAGAUGGUAUGGAAAUGAAAAAAUGGGAGUAUUAAGUUUUGUGUCGAAUUUUUAUGAUUUUUUGUGUUUUGCUGGAUAUUUUUCUGUAUUAGCUUGGCUAUGCUUUGAAGCUGUCCAUAGUACUGUUUUUGCCCAAGUCUAAAAGAAACCUGUUCAGUCUUUAAAUCGCUAAUGUACUAGUUUGCAUUGAACUGUAUGUUUUAGCAUGUUUUGAUCAAUGGGUAAUUCUGGAACUUAUA